AUGGCUUCUAAUGAUGUGGAACUUUAGUGUUGGGCAAAUUUUUCCCUUUCUUAAAUCGAUUUUUGUCAGUAGUUAAACAUAUUUUAACAUAUUUCCAAUCAUGGAUACACAGAAAACAGAUUCAUUGUAUAGUUCCCCGUAUGGAGGAGUUCCUACAUACUUGAGUGGAGUGUCACAGACAACUUUAUCACCCAGAUCGACGAUACCGUCUGCUGUGCCAACAUUGUCGUCAAUGUCCACAACGGCGGCUGCAUCGACGUCGCAGACGUGGCAGAAUGAUUUUGAGUUCGUGUCAGAUGACGACCUUACCUCAGCCUCAAAAACAGCUGGGAGGCACUCAGAUGAUGUGGAGCUUGACUUGGGCGAGAUGCAGUACACCGAUACUCCAUCCGCAGACACCAAGACACAGCCAGGAAGCAGUGCCUCUCAGUUCCUGCGGACCAAGGGCUAUGGUUGGCUGCUGGAAGUGGAAGACACUGAUGAUGACAACACACCCUUGCUCGAAGAGCUUGACAUUGAUCUGAAAGAUAUUUACUACAAAGUUCGCUGUGUGGUGUUCCCUUGCCCUUUUCUGGGCUUCCAGAGGCAGAUUCUGAGGGACAGUCCUGAUUUCUGGGGUCCUCUCUUGGUGGUUCUGCUCUUCUCGGCAGUCUCCCUCUAUGGACAGUUUAGGGUUGUGUCAUGGAUCAUUACCAUCUGGAUAUUUGGAUCACUCCUCAUCUUCCUUCUAGCAAGAGUUCUGGGCGGAGAGGUGAACUAUUCCCAGUGUCUUGGUGUGAUUGGAUACUCGCUGUUACCCCUCAUCAUCACAGCUACAACGCUGCCGCUAUUGGGCACUAUUCCAUAUAUAGGAUUUGUUGUAAAGUUUGCUGGAGUCUCAUGGGCUGCCUACAGUGCUGGGUCGUUACUCAUUCAAGACAGCUUGGCCCACAAGAAACCUCUCCUUCUUUAUCCGGUCCUACUUUUGUACAUAUAUUUCUUCUCUUUGUACACUGGAGCAUAGGCGACAGUGACUUAAUAUAUACAAUGUACAUGUAUAAAAGCCACAUUUGUACAGAUGCUUAAUACAGUGAACUCUGCUGUAAUGAAUUAAGUUCAAAACACCACAAGAUGUGGGUAGAUGUAUAACAGAUGUAUGUGCUUCAGAAUGUUUAUUGUGGCGUUCUAAUAGGGGCCAUGCUAGUAUUCAAGAAGGGUUUCAGUCGUCUGUUGGUGUACAGUUACGUAGUUGGUACAUGCCGCUGGGGGCUUUUGGAGAGGGCUACAGUGUAUGGUUUGUUAUAAUUUGAAAGACUGCAACGUUUCUGUACGGAAGAGGAGACUCAUGUUAGCAUUCUUUCGGCUUGAUUGAAGUGUCAAGACAUUCAAGUCUUCCUUCCAUAGUGGUUGAAUGUCUUGCUUUGUUCAGUGGUUACCUUAUCAUUCAGCGCUGUAACCCUUUUCCUAAUCUCCUUAUGCACUCAUCAAGAAAUUGUUCUUGCCCAUUCUCUACGCUUGCAAAACCUUUGGGAAAAAAAUCAAGUCCCACUGUCUGAAAUUGAAAGUUACCCUUACCACAUGGCAAACAUGAAGAUUUUGGUUGUACAGAAUUUGGUUUUCUGCAUAGUGGAGGAUUUCUGGGAUCCAGAAAGGUUCCUAGCAAAUAUUUUAAUAGAGUUUGGGUUAAAAAACUGCUGAGAUAGCCAACAUAUUUUUCAGAGUGAAUGUCUUCUGUAGGUACAUUUGAUCUUUUGUACUAAGCCAAGAGAGUUAUUUUAUUUUUCCACUUUAAAGUAAGUUGUCUAAGUUUAUCUGUAAGUCCAUCUGAGAAAGUGCAAACCUGUUACUUCCAGAUGUAUGCUUGAAGAUUUGUGCUUGAUUGCAUGUGUGACUGGUUGACAAGACACCUAUGUGACAACAUUCAGGGUUCAUCUGUAUGUAUGUACAUGUAGGUUGCAUCAGUGACUAUUUAGUUAAUUUUUGCCCGGUACCCAGGAUGAACAUUUAUUUUAUUCACAGGUUACCAAGGAAACUCAACAAGUAGUUAACAAAUGGACACUGAUGGGACUUAGCCUUAAUUAAUGUUACUACUUUUCAUGCUCCGCCUGCAUCUGGGCUGUUCCUAGGCAGUGUGGAUAUACAUGUGCUCACUGUAGAAUCCAGCUUACUGAAGUGUUCAGUGACUGAAGGUACAUGUACGUGUACAUUGGCUGCUUUCAGCCAGGAAUUCAUGAGUGCUACUCAAAGCCCUGAUCUUGUUUAUUCAACAGAGCUUGUUGUACAUGUUCCAUAGAUUGUUUGCAACAACGCCAUUUCCCAUGAACCGUUUUGAUCUGCUAUCUUGGAUGUCUGCCCCAGCACCAUACAGUCACUUUUGGCAUGGCUAUGGCUAAUCACUAUGGCAUGCUAAUAGCAAAGACAGAAUCCUCUGUGUCUGAUUUUGGCAUGGCCUGACAUUAAAUAUGUUUGACUUAUAGAGCUAUAAAAACUAGAUCGCUGACUUCUCAUUCUCCAGGCGGAGAAAAUGUGACGCAGUCCUGGGCGCAGACAUUUUGAAUCCAUGUGCGUGCUUGUAGAACAUUUGAAAUCAGACAGAAUGAAUACUGAAUUAUGUAUCCCAAAUGCAACGCGCAAGUACAACAUACGCGAACAUCAUCAAGGCGUACGUGCACAGAGCUGAUUAUUUUAUAACGAACGUCUCCCUAACAUUUGAGCAAGGUUGUCCGAUUUUGUAUGGUAUGCGCAUCUUUCAAUGGCUUUCUUUCAAUAAACAAGUUCAGCUAAAGUAAAAGGUUGUUCCUUUGAUUCAGUUUGUGUUAAGUGAGAGUUGACAGCUCUGGAGCAGGGGCUGUCGUGCACGUUGGGUAUCGCUAAAAUCCGAUUAAAAAAACCUUCACUGCAAAGUUCAUGUGCAGCGCAUACAUGCACGCGUUUGCAUUUUUGGGGGCAGAGCAAAAUGAAACACUCAUUUACUGAUUGUUUGUGUUUCGGUUUUGUUGGCGUAUUGUUUUAGAAUACAGACGCAGAUACUCAAAUAGCCAUGUAGAAGCUGUUCAAAAUUUCGAGUUUCCCCAUAAGUUUGUGCACAAACAUGGAUGCACCCAGCAGGCAUCACUUUGUAUGAGUCAGCGCUCUAGGUUUUAUAUAGCUCAAUGGUUUGACCUCAAAGGAUUGUGGGAGAUGGGACAUUUGAGUACAAAAUGUUACAUGUAUUGGCUUUUGAUUGAUGAAAUCAUACAUGUACUUCAUGUGUGUGCUGUCCUGUGGUGCUCAGUGGACCUUGGGUCCCCCCUGGCUCCAUAGAAAGGGGCACAGGUGUACAAACUGUGACAUCAUCAGUAAAUAGGCCUAUUAUAUUAAAUCUGCAGAACAGAUUUGAAAAGCUGUUGUUUGCUGUUCAAUCCUAAUAGGCCUGUAGCCCUUUUGAAAAACUCAAGAGCUGGGAGCAGUCGAUCAUGGCGCCUUCCACAGGAUUGGCAACUCUGAAGCAUUUCAGGUUAUUCUCAUGCUCUGACACCCACACAGGAUUUCUGACACGACUGGUGAUCAAAAUAAAUUAAGUGAAAAAUGUGGCCUAUGUUUUUUUUAAUAGCCCAGAAUAACGUUGGAGUGGUUGAGAAAUUGCCCCUGAUUGAACCACAGUGUCUGGAAUCCCCAAAUUGUGGGGGUCCUUAAGCGGGCUCUGAACGUCACGCUGUUGGGGCUUUGAGCUUGUGUGAUCUCUCACCUAUCUCACUCUUAGGGUCUUUCUCAAAGUUGUCAGCCCCACCUUUCAGAAAACCCAGACUCUAAGGUCACAAUGGAAUGGUAUCAAAUCUGAUGUGGGGCUGGGUUAGUUCAGGUAAUUACGCUCGUCUGCCAUUUAUUGUGGAUUUAUUUGGUUGAUUACUAAAAACAAACAUGACUGUGGUCUUUCUAGCUUUAAUAGAUCUCGCUCAUUGGCCGCCAUCUUUGCAGGAAAAUUGCAACUACGUAUAUAAAGCACACAGGUGUUCGAAAUACAGCACAGCUGAUGCACGUUAUAUUCUGUAGGAAGUGAGAGAGACCUAUAUUUUACAUGUAUGCCCUGUUGCAUUUACUUUCUUCACACCUUUUUUAUCCCUGUGAAUUAAGACUGGAAUGGAUAUUACUGCUGGAUUAAUUCAUAGAACACUCGGAAAAUGGAAAUAAAACAAAAUACUAACAUGAACAUUUCAAGGUAAUCAUUUAAUAA